CGUUGUCCUCUCCCAGGAUUUUGGACAUGCGCCUGGACUGCAACCAAACGGGUAUUUCCAACUGUAAACUUGUGGACUUUUUCCCUGGAUGUUGUGGUGGAGCCCAUCCAUAAUUAUACCGUGACCCUUUUUAAUUUGCCAGAACCCGAUAUGGGACAUUACAGGAUCGCCAAGCAAAUUACCGUCCCAGGAUGUAACAACAAGAAAAUCCAAAAGGCCCAAACAUGUCAGGAAAAUGGCAGUCUGUGGGAUCCCAGCAUUUCUGCUGGCUUCAUUGAUGAGAGAUCUUCUGUUUUUGUGGCAUUUGCUGCAGCACAGUAUUCAGAGAGAUAUCAAGUUUCUAUCCAGAUUGAUAAAGUGGACUGCUCAAAGAUGAUUUCUAAGGAAAGCAGAUCAUUGUUAAACGUGACCUUUGAGGAUGGUUCUUGUCGGGUCUUACAUUGUAAAAUGCUGGUAAAGAUCCAGCCUUUUUUUGUCGGCUGCAAAAACAACUGUGAGGUUGUCAGCAAAAAUGUUACUUUGUGCCACAAUGAUCCCCCACAUCCAGCUCGGCAGACCUGCAUCAGGUUGCUCCUGGUCUUGGUUUUUACUUGUUGCUUACUGUAUUUACUGUGGAGAACUUGUCGUAAAGGACCUCUGAACCCACCUAUAUCUGCUGAAAAACAACAACCAGAAGUCCUUCAAGUUCAGGAGAGGAAGCGUGUCUUCAUCAUUUACUCGCUCGACCAUCCUUUGUACAAAAACAUUGUCCUGAGGUUUUGUGCCUUCCUGGUGACAAAAUGUGGCACUGGCGUGAUCAUAGACCUGCUGGAUUCAACCAGACUGGGAGAGCUGGGAAGCAUCCAGUGGUUGGACUGGCACAAAGAGCAAAUAGAGAGCUCAUCGGAUAAGAUUUUAAUUCUCUGCUCACGGGGUGUCCAGGCCAAAUGGAGAGCCAUGUGUGGGGACAAGCAGGUGUUCCUGAAAGAGGAUGCCCGCUCACCUAUGGGCGACAUGCUCACUCCGUCCCUCGCUCUUAUGGUCCCACAUUUUAUCCGGUCCAAGUCCUUCGAAAAGUUUAUUGUGGCCUAUUUUGAUGGCAUUUGUUCUGAGGAAGAUGUUCCUUCACCCUUUAACAUUACAGUUCGAUACAAGCUCAUGAAACAGUUUGAAGAGGUCUUCUUUAGAAUACUGAACACAGAGAAACAUGAACCAGGCCGAGUUAAACAAAUAAACGGACUGUCCGAGGACAAAUACCACGAGUGUCCCUCAGGGAGAGCCCUGCACGAUGCAAUCCAGGCUUUCCAUGCUUAUCAGCUGGAGAAACCGCAGUGGUUUGAAGAAGAAUUACUGGAAAGCUCCGAUUUGGAGGAGGAAGAGGUUGUAGAUGAUGUUGAUGAGAACAACAAAACAUUCACAAAGCAAAUAUUAUAUUGUGUUCUUGAGUCAAACCAAGUUGUCAGUCAUGUGGAGAUAGAAGAAACUGGUUUCACUGUAAACAACACUGAACUUCAGCUGUCUGAGUUCAACUUUUCGAAUAUUGCAACUUUUCAGCAGGUUAAUGGAAUAUAAUUUGA